AUGUCGGUCAAGUUUGAGAAGGACACGCUCAGGUCGACCACGGCUGCCGUCGGCGAGGCUGCCUCCAAGGGAAAGGAAGGCCUCAUGCACGAAGUCGGCCAGGCGCUCACCAAAGGCUCAGGCCCCAAUGGCUAUCUCGCUGCCUACCUCAGGCAGCUGCAGAGCAACCCGCUGCGCACCAAGAUGCUCACCUCGGGCACCCUCUCGGGCCUGCAAGAGUUCCUGGCCUCGUGGAUUGCCCACGACAGAAGCAAGUCGGGCCACUACUUCACCUCGCGAGUGCCCAAAAUGGCCGUCUAUGGCGCAUUCAUCAGCGCCCCGCUCGGCCACGUCCUCAUCAGCCUCCUGCAAAAAGUCUUCCAGGGCCGCAAGAGCCUCAAGGCCAAGGUCUUGCAGAUUCUGUUCAGCAACUUGAUUAUUUCGCCCAUCCAGAACAGCGUCUACCUGACCUCCAUGGCCCUCAUUGCAGGCGCUCGCACAUUCCACCAGGUGAAGGCCACGGUCAAGGCCGGCUUCUGGCCCGUCAUGAAGGUCAGCUGGAUCGUCUCGCCCAUCUCCCUGGCGUUUGCCCAGCAGUUCCUGCCCGAGGCUACUUGGGUGCCCUUCUUCAACAUCGUCGGCUUCAUCAUCGGCACCUACAUCAACGCGCACACCAAGAAGAAGAGGCUCGCUGCCCUCAGGCGAAAGCACUACGGAGACGGCGGCAGCAGCGGAAGGAGCCAAGUCGGCGGAAGGCCUGGCGAUGACUACGGCCGUCCCGACAUGCGUCCCGACAUGCGUUCUGACAUUCGCCCAGACGAUCGCCCACGUUACUAG